GACUGCCUCCGCAUUGGUCGAGAUCCCGCGAGCGAGGUACCCGUGAACCUGCCGGGCGUGAGUUGGGCCCACGCGGAGCUGCGGCUGGGGGCCAAUGGAGCUCUGUGCUUGCGGGACCUCUCUUCCAAUGGCACCGGGUUCAAGGACGCUUCUGGAGGCAUCGCGCGGGUGAAGCGCGGCCUGGACGUGGAGGUGCCCGAGAAGAGCUUGGUGGUGCUGCCGCUGAAGGUCAAGGCAGCCACGAACGCUAUUGAGUCCAGAAUGUGCUUUGCCGUCGAGCUGAAUAGCGAGGAGCCGCCGCCAGAUCCCCUGGAGGAGGCGCGGAAGCUGCAGCCGCAGCUGGUGCGAGAGGUGCAGGCGGCUUUGCAGGAGCAGCUCGCGCAAGCGCCCGCGCCAGCGCCCGGGCAGCCGGAGCCAUCUGCGGAGCCUCCUGCGGAGCCUCCGGCGGAGCCCCAGCUGGAGCGGGCAGCGCCUGAGGAGACGCCCGAAGCGCCCGAGCCGAAGCCUGCAAAAGAAGCUGAAGAUGCGACUUGGCAGCCCAAGGUGGAGCCCUUUUUGCCGUUCUGCCCUCUGCCCCUUCUUCUGGGUUCUGGGUUCCCCUAUACAGUCACCAAAAGGCUAACUACCCUUAUUCUGAUUCUGAUAUUGGUUCCUGGGCAGACUAAGGAGAGGGAAGAAAAGGACGAGAAGGAGAAGAAGGAAAGGAGGGAGAAGGCGUCGAAGGAAGCGAAGGUGAAGGAGAGCAAGGAGACCGGUCGAAGCGGUCGCAGUCGACAAGGCCGGCGGAGCUAA